CUGAGACUCUAAGCUUAUUGGAGGGCCAUCUUGCCUUACGGCUCCAGGCCGCUUUUUACGGCUUUUUCCGGCUUGCCAUUCACAUCGCUGUGAAGAUGGCGUCGGGCAGCGGGACAAAAAACUUGGACUUUCGCCGAAAGUGGGACAAAGAUGAAUACGAGAAGCUCGCCGAGAAGAGGCUCACGGAAGAGAGAGAAAAGAAGGAUGGAAAACCGGUGCAGCCAGUCAAGCGAGAGCUUCUGCGGCAUAGGGACUACAAGGUGGACCUGGAAUCUAAGCUUGGAAAGACAAUUGUCAUUACCAAGACCACCCCACAGUCUGAGAUGGGAGGAUAUUACUGCAAUGUCUGUGACUGUGUGGUGAAGGACUCCAUCAACUUCCUGGAUCACAUAAAUGGAAAGAAACAUCAGCGAAACCUGGGCAUGUCUAUGCGUGUGGAACGUUCCACCCUGGAUCAGGUGAAGAAACGUUUUGAGGUCAAUAAGAAGAAGAUGGAAGAGAAGCAGAAGGAUUAUGAUUUUGAGGAAAGGAUGAAGGAGCUCAGAGAAGAGGAGGAAAAGGCCAAAGCGUACAAGAAAGAGAAACAGAAGGAGAAGAAAAGGAGGGCCGAGGAGGACUUGACAUUUGAGGAGGAUGAUGAGAUGGCAGCUGUGAUGGGCUUCUCUGGCUUUGGUUCCACCAAGAAGAGUUAUUGAGGCAUUGAGGCUUUCUAUGCUUGGCCUAAUUUUGGCCUAUGCUGGACCUAACUAUGUGUGUGUGUUAGGGGGGUGGGAGACAGGUCAUUCUUUUUGGGCACUGGGAAAGUCCCUACGAGUGUCAAUGGGGAGGAUGUUUAUGGUUUCCCUCUACUUUGGGAGAGGGCACAGGAGACAGAGGUAAUGAAAGCUGUGGCAUAUUCUUUCAGCCUCAGUAUAUCACUGGAGUCACAGGACCUCUACUCACCUAAGUUCCCAAUAAAGGAAAACCUCCCCUUCUGAGACUGCUUUCCUGAAAUCCCCCUGCAUCUUUCCCUCUUCAUCUGUCCAUUCUCUUGUCUGAGCAUCCUACCUUUAUCCUGUGUUCUGCCUUGGUUUUGAUUUUGACUCUUGUUCAGCCUGCAACAGAAGCAUUCUCUGGGUUCCCAGUUUCCAGUUCAACGGCAUAUCCUCGACCAGCUUCCUCCUCUCAUCCUGCCCUAUGGUUCUCUUGCCACCUGUGCAUGCAUGUGUACUUCUGCCUGGGUCAGUGGUAUGUGUGAAUACGUGUGCAUGAAUCUGUCACACAGAAGGGGCCGGAGCUAGAAUCUCCGAGCAUUGCUGCCCUGGGGCCUGAUGUUCUUGGCUUCCUCAGAGCAUGUAACAGAAAAUUAAAUGGGAUGAGUGUUUGGUGUGGUUUGUGUCUGGUGUGGUUUGUGUCUGGUGAGUUUUUAACAUUCAGAUGUAGAUUGUUUCAACUUCUCCUGUUUGUUUCAUUUUACUGAGGUUGUCUCUGUUUUUGUCUUCCUGUGAGCAGACUCUUGGAAGAAACUGAUGCAAAAAAGAAGAUGAAAAAACAAAACCCAAACCUCACUAUGGGAUUCCUUGGGUCUUAGAGACUGUUUGACAUGUAUAAUAAAUGACAUUGACUGGGCCUGUUGCAUAUUUGGUGGAAACAUUCCAUAUUCUUUCCUGUGUUUUUUGUUUUGUUUUGUUUUUACUUUUCACACUGAGGAUUUCGAUAUAGAGCAUUUUCUUCUCCUUUUAUUUGGCCCCUGUGGCUUUUUAAAAUUUUAUUUUUGCCCAGGUUCCUUCGGCAUGAGUUGUGUUUUCCUCUGAUACAAAAUCUGUCCAGAGGAGUCUGGACAAAACUAUUUCUAUAAUAUCAGCCUCCUUUAAUCUUUUUAUGGAACAGCAGAGCUCAGAGUUGAACUUCGUGGUUUUGUUUUUUUUUUUACUGUCUGCAGUUGUGCUAGGCACAGGGUCACUUAAUCUUGGCACUUGACAUUUUGGUUUGGAUAAUUCUUUGUUGUGGGGGCAGGGCUAUAUGUUGUAGGAUGUCUAGCUGCAUCUCUGGUUUCUACCUACUAGAUGCUAGUAGCAUCCCCUUCCACAGUGUGACAACUAAAAAUGUCUAUGUGCCCUAUGAGGAGACAAAAAUCUCCCCUUGACUCCCAUUGAGAACCACUUGAUAAGAGACUAGAUGGCACAGACUGGUUAAAAGCAGUCCCACAAAAUCUCUGUAUCCCUGAGAUAAGGUACUGUGCCAGGUCUAGGGGAUGCAGAGGAAAAAAACCAGACACAAAAGUGUUAUUGUUACAGGAAUCUCAGCAGAUGAAUUCUAUACUUUUGCUGGCUCUGUACCCUGAAAAAAGGGAUCUAUUUGGGUUAAGGCUGCCGCCAUGUGGCUUGUUUUCUUUCUCUGCCCCAUCUAGUUCCUCACCUUUGUAUAGCAUCUGAAUCUCUGUGGGUCCUGCAAAGCACCAUUUGGGCUUUUGUACAAAUUUCCUUAUUGUCAGGCAUGCCUUUUACCUAAUAAAUUUCUGAUGCUGUGUCUUAUCA